AUGGAUUUUAGUGAUCGUCAGAUCCUAGAAGACCUUCUAAAAUCUGGUACAGCUAUCUCCCGCCAGGCAAUUGAAGAUGGCCCGGUACGCACAGGCCAGCAGGACGAGCUAGAGAAAGAGUGCGACAUCUGCGCUGAAGUCAAGCCAGUGUCAGAAUUUCAUCAAGGAAAGAUCACUCCACGAUGCAAACACUACUCGGAUAUCUGCAAGGACUGUCUCGGUAGGGACAUCGAUGUUCAGUUAGCGACCAAGGUUUGGCACACACUCAGCUGUGCUUUCUGCAGAUCCACUAUGCCAACUGAUCUUGUGCAACAAUACAUCCAACCCGAUCAGUUUGAAAAGUAUCGAGACUACAUGACUGCUCACCAGAUUAAAGACCUUAAGAACUUUUGCUGGUGCGCUCAUUCCAGCUGCCGCUGCGGCCAGGUACACAACAAUAUCAAGAGCCGUCAGAUGGUCUGCUACAAAUGUGGCAAUGUCACUUGUUACAAAUGCAAGAUCCCAUGGCACGAUGGUCAGACUUGCAAGGCCGCCAUAGCUGAAUAUUACCAAGGCCGUUACAAGACAGAGGAGGAACUCUCGGCAGCCGCUAUCGCGAGACUUACUAAUACUUGUCCUAAAUGCAAGGUACCCAUCCAAAGGGAUGGUGGAUGUCAGCACAUGAGGUGCAGUAAGUAG